UCGGAGUCCAUCGAUCGGUCACUUGAGUUGUUUGGCUGUAUGUAUAGCUCCAAGAAUUACAGCAAACCUGCCGUCGCUGCCGAAGAGUGCUCAACUCAAUUAAAGUUUGAUUGGUCGGCCAUUAAUGAGUGCGCUUCGGGACCCUUGGGUCGGGGUUUGCACCUCAGGAGUGGCGAGAUUUUCCAGGCCCUUAAAAAUCCUAAACCCAAAUACGUGGCCUGGAUUAUAGUCAAUGGUGUCCAUACGGAUGCCAUCAAUAAAAGAGCCCAAACUGAUCUGUUGGGACUCAUAUGCGAUACCUAUACUGGUCCAAAACCUGAUGCCUGCAAAAAGGUUUAUGAAGUCUUCAAUGACAUCUACCGUAUUCCCGCACAGCCACCGUCAUGCCGUGAUGACCGAGGU